CGCGCGAUGGUGGGGACAAAAGGGCGGUCGACGCAGGCGCGACUCGCGACGGAACGGCUUCGCGCGGCGACGCUCAGUCUCGUCCGUCGCAAUCCAGUGCAGAUAUACGUGCAAUUACUCUGUCAACAGUGCUUAAAAUCCGCCGUCCGUGCUCGUGUCGUGCUCGUUGGCACACGCGGUGAUCGAUAACGCUUUCGACGACGAGCCGCCGUCGAUCGUCGACGCGUCGUCGCGUGAGGAAAGGCAGGAAAAGAAAAAGCGGAAAGGAGAGAAGCGGCAGCCGAGGGAAAAAGUUUUCGGGGGAACACGCGGCGCGUGCGAACAAGUAAAUCGCGACGCCCGGCAAUUUGAAUUCGACCGCUCUCUCUCUUUCUCUCUCUCGGCCGUACGUCGCGGACACGUCGUGGACAAGCGGCGGCGCGGCGGCGGGACACCGUGAAGUUUGGUGCGAGUCCGUCGUCUUUCGGAAUCGGACGGUGAGUGCCGCGGCGCACGUCAGUCCGGUUGAAGCGUGCGAUACGAGUGGAAACUUUCGAGACAUCGCACGGUGCGAUCGCUGAUUCGACGAUCGCGACGAUUUCGAGAAGGAGGUUGAAGCGAGCGAACGAGCGAAACACACGCGUGCCGUGCGAGACGGGCAGAUGUGGUGCCGCGUAGUUUCGCAUAGUUCCGUUCAAGCGACUUGACUACCGCGCGAGUGGUGAUCCUUCAGUGUGCCUGGAAGUCACGAGUGGUUGAUCGUCGAGGGACCGUCGGAGUCGGAGCCGGAGCUUCCGUACGCGCCGUCGAGAUGAAGAUUUGCCACCUGUGGCUAGAGGCGGUCGUCGCUCUCCUGGUGAUAACAGGUGCGAGCUGCCUGCGGGAGGUCAGCCUAGAGGUGGUUCCGGAAGUGGUGCAACGUGGCGAGAUGGUGAUUCUGCGGUGCCAUUAUGAUCUGGAGAAUGCGCCACUCUACUCUCUCAAAUGGUACCGGGGCAGGCAUGAGUUCUACCGAUUCUCGCCCACCGAAGAACCGUCUACCAAGAUCUUCAACAUUUCCGGGAUUAAUGUCGACCCCGACAACUCGAACAAGAGCCAGGUAACGCUUCGCAAUGUCGACUUCGGCCUCUCGGGUACAUUCAUCUGCGAAGUUACGGCAGACGCGCCGACCUUCUCCACGGCCUCCGCCUUCAAGAAUCUCACCGUAGUAUUUCUGCCCCGUGAAGAGCCCGUUAUCGCAUCGGAACGCGAUCGCUACGACCCAGGAGACAUGUUGAGGGCAAAUUGCAGCCUGCCGCCCUCGAAGCCACCGGUUCACCUCUCAUUCACGCUGAACAGCAUGCCGGUGGAGACGACCACGAGGCAUCCGCGGACGAAAAACGACGAAUGGGGGAUGCAGUGGAGCGAGAUCAGUCUAACUCUUCAGCCGUUCCAUUACACGAAUGGCCGUUUGAACCUACGUUGCACCGCGCAGAUACCUGGCAUUUUCUCAAAACAGAGCGAGCUCCAGCUCCUUUCGAGUAUGCGCGAGCCCGUGCCCGAAAGAGUAACCUCAGAAAGUGGAAGCGGCACGCACACGAUGACAUUUGUGACAAUACUCUGCCUGGGCACGCUUCAUCUGCUUCUGAGAUAGUCACGGCACGCCUGAGACCACGAAAAGGGAGCUCACGGGCGUCGCAUGAUAAAUAGCACACUAGUCAGGGGGAGAAGAAGGGGUUGGAGGAAGAGACGAUGGAGGCUGAGUUUAAGGACCGCGUAUGGACGGCGCAAAAACAAAUAAUAUUGUUAAACCGAUAUAUGACCAUUUAAGUGUUUCCUUUUUUUUUCUCUAUAUAGUGAAUUAAGUUAUGUUUUUUUUCUCUGAACGGGUCAGGAUCGUGAUUGCUGCAUGUUUCCCGUUUGCAAUCGUUGACAGCAGCGCAGUGUUAAUUUUCAGAUGAUGGAUCCAUUUUGAGCACUGCCAUAAUAAUCAUAAUCAAAAGGACGCGACGUAUUUAGACAUGUGAUACAUUUGCCGACCGCGAGACCGUCGAUUGUUACCGUUAUAUAUUUUACGACCGCGUUUUUUGUAUAGCUCGUUAUCUUGUAAGAUACGCCGGUAUGCACGAAUUGUUUCUCGUUUGUCCUUUCGGUGAUAUAUACAAUACGAACGGGUAAGAAAGGGCGGUGAUGUGCGCAUUGUUGGUCAAGGGUUAACAUGUACCUCCCUGGACUGGGCCGGCGCAGCGGAGAGAUAGAUAAUCGGAUAAAGGAUCGCCGCAGCCAAAUCCGCCGUUGGGUAAUCCGCUGCGACGCGCUUUAUACGGCACGGAGAAUCAAGAACGGAGAAGCGUAGCCAAUUAGUCGCGUCCGAUGACUGCUACGAUGCUCAAUUUGACAUUUGAUGAGUAAUGAGCAAAAGGGGAAUUUGCCCGAGAGUAGAGUGACAGCGGGAGAAGAAGGAAAGAGAUAGGACUUUGAAGUCGAUGGCACGUAUACGUCUAUAUAGGUGCUUGUACAGCUCACCUCUAAAAGAUUUGCGAUCUUUGCCGCGAAAAAAGAAUGAGAGAGAGAAAGAGAGAGAGGGUGAGAGAGUGAGUCAGUGAGUGAGUGAGUGAAUGAGUGUAUGUGUUUGUGUUGAGAGUGAGAGACGUUCUUUUCCGCUACCACUGACGAAAAGAGAGCCAAGCCGUUAGAGAGCGCACAAAGGAAGAGGCACGGAUAAAGUGGUGCGAAAAGUUUUCGCAUACCGAGAGAGAAAGAGAGCGCGGACUCUCCUGUUUCGGGAAAUCGUACCCUCCCUCGUGUACUCCGUAUGCAACAACGCACUCGAUGCGCACUCGAAUAUCUCCCCGUUACACUCGCCAAGAACGGUGAUUCGAGUCCAUUCGUCCAUUGUCCAAACGCUCUCGGACUCGGUCGCGUAGGCGGAUCAAUGUCGCUGAAUUUUGAAGCGAAGAGCACUGGACGCGCACGCAGAAUCAGACUACUGACUUUUCGCUUUUUGCUUCUGUUUUUUGCCAAAUUUUUCGCGUUCUACGUACGAAACUACGAGAACUAUGUAGGUGCUGCUGUUGCUGCUACCGCGGAAGAACUCGGCCGUACACGAGCAGUUAUGUACUUACGUCGAUUAUUACUGCCCGACCGCGUACGGUUCACCCUCUAAGCAGUUACUCGCUUUAAUGACGUCGUGCCAAAGACAGAUACUUCGAUCGCAGAUUGUUCCAUCUUCCGUAUUUUUUUAACGCGAUAAGAUACGCGUUUCAUUAUCGUCGUUACUUUACAGUCUCCCUUCUUGGACCCUUUGAAAACGUAGCGUUUGAACCGUACGGCGUUUGAAUUUUACAGAUCUCCGGCUGCCGACUACUUCUUGAUCCUUGAGUUAAAGCUGUCUGCAGGUAUACGACGUCGUCGAGCAUAUAAUCUGGAGAAAGGCUUCGUUUCGAGAUCGAUUUAUCGAAAGAGAUAGAGGAGAAGCCGACGCGUUAGAAAGGACGGCACGAACGUUACGUUUUUCAUUCUCCCAACUCCUGUCUCUUCUUUAUUAAACGGACGAUAAACCUGGUGGACGAUUCCGCGCGUCUAUAAGCUGGUUAUAUAAAGCGCAGCUUGUUCCUUCUGCCUGAACACAGAAAUCGUCCGUAUUAACCCCUAUCCCACCCUCGGAUAGAACGUCUCUUCUUCUCUUCCUUCCGCUUUCGCUCCCUUCCCGUGCGCACACCACAGCAUUUGGCACGCUCGCGACCGCUUACAAAUCUUCGUGAAGUAAUGCGUAUCGGCGUGAAACUGCACGGAAGGCAUCGCGCGGAACCACGACCCUUAUUUCUCAUGCAAGCGAAUUCGCCGAUUCCUGCCUGGUACGCUAAAACGUGCCAAAUUGUAGGGAUCGAUGUCGGACGUGCUAAUACUCCGCGAAAAUCGAUUCUGUCGAUAUUUUCGGGCAAAAUGCAUUUUUGAAAGUUAUAGAAUUAAUAACUUGUGGCGAUAAUCGUGAACGUUGAGUUUUAAUUCGAAUACAGGUGCAGAGUAGAUAAACAAUUUUUUAAAGUCGUGUUAUUAUCUUCUGGUUUUUUUUUUUAAUAUGUUUUCUUUUAAAUUUAUGUAGUUGCAACGUGAAGAGAUACUACCUUAUAAAUAAAUGUGUCAAAUAUGGAUAAUAUUUUAUUAGAAGCUUUAUUCGCGCGCGAAUGAAGUAUAACAGGUUGAUUUUUUAGAAAACAGUAAUCUCUGCGCCCUAAGCUCGUUUUUGUAACAGAGUAGAUAUGAUAAAAUCUGAUUGAUAGUUCAUCGAUAUCCCCAAAUAGUUACAACUUUUUAAUGUAAGUUAGAAAUAAGAAAAAUAGGAAAAAAAUAUUUUUGUUAAGUCAGAUUUUAAAUUCUAUUUAAGUGUCUUUAGUUUUAAGAUCUUUUACAAAUCAUCCUAUUAUUGUUUCUGGGCAUUACAUUUUAGUUAAUGUACAUACUUAUUUUUACCAUAAUAAACGAUUGCAUGAA